AUGGCACAGGCCGGAGGUGUCCCCUGCCCCGGGGCUGCCCCGGGCCAGCCCCGCGUGUUCAAGCUGGUCCUCUUGGGAAGUAGCUCUGUGGGCAAGUCCAGCUUGGCUCUCCGGUACGUGAAGAAUGACUUCAAGAGCAUCCUGCCCACCGUGGGAUGUGCGUUCUUCACGAAGGAGCUGGAGUUGGGCGCCGUGGCUGUGAAACUGGAGAUCUGGGACACAGCCGGCCAGGAGAAGUACCACAGCGUCUGCCGCUUGUACUUCAGGGGCGCCAGUGGGGCCAUCUUGGUGUACGACAUCACCAGGAGGGAUUCCUUCUGCAAAGCCCAGCAGUGGCUGCAGGACCUCGAGAGGGAGGCGCCCCCGGGGGAGGUCGUGGUGAUGCUGGUUGGCAACAAGACGGACGUCGGCGAGCGGCGGGAGGUGACGUUCCAGGAAGGGAAAGAGUUUGCGGAGAGCAAGAAGUUGCUGUUCAUGGAGGCCUCGGCCAAACUGAACCACCAGGUGACUGAGGUCUUUAGCACCAUAGCCCAAGAGCUGCUGCAGAGAGAAGACAGGAAGAAGGCCCAGCCGCAGAGGGGAGAUGCGGGGCUGGCUCUGAAGGGGGCACCUGCCGGGCAGGCCGGAUGCUGUGCCCACUAA